AUGGCCGCCGUGGAGAGCGGAGAGCAGAGACUGGAGGAGGGGCAGGAGAGCGAGGAGGGACCUGCUGACCCCCAGCACCCCCCCAGAGAGAGAGAAAGGUCCCACAGUAAGACCAAGAAGGCCCGUAGAGAGCGUCGCCAUGCCCACCGGGGAGCGGAGACUGCAGCCUCUGCCACGCCUUCAACAAUUGGGCAGCCAGAGACGGGGGCAGAGUCACAUACCCAGAUGUUGGAGCCAGUGGCUGGCCCCUCGGAGCCGGGCCCAUCAGAACUGGGCUCAGAAUCAGCCGCUGGCAGUGAGUCUGCUGGCUCUCCCCGGCAGCGGCGCUCUAUUAUUCGGGACCGUGGGCCGCUCUAUGACGACCCUUCAUUGCCCGAAGGCUGGACCCGCAAACUGAAACAGAGGAAGUCCGGACGCUCCGCUGGGAAGUUUGAUGUCUACCUGAUCAACUCGGAGGGGAAGGCAUUUCGCUCCAAGGUGGAGCUCAUUGCCUACUUCCAGAAGGUCGGUGACACCACCACCGACCCCAAUGAUUUCGAUUUCACUGUCACUGGGCGAGGAAGCCCCUCACGCCGUGAGAAGCGUCCCCCAAAGAAACCGAAAGUGGUGAAGCCGUCAGGACGAGGCCGUGGGCGCCCCAAAGGUAGUGGGAAGAUGCGGCAGGCUACAGAGGGCGUGGCCAUGAAGCGUGUGGUUGAGAAAACUCCAGGAAAACUGCUGGUCAAGAUGCCGUUCGGAAAGGCAGAGUCCUCCACUGGCUCCACGUCCACCACCUCAAAGGUGGUAUCUCCUGCCCUCAUGACCAAGUCUCGUCCCGGCAGGAAGAGAAAGUCAGAACAGGAGCCGCCCCCCCCACCACAGACUGCUCCCAAGAAACGGGGCAGGAAACCGGCAUCGGCCCUGGCCUCAGCAGUGUCAUCGGUUCCCAUGGCAUCCACCUCCUCUGCAUCAGCCUCUGCAAGCUCAGCGACAGGGAGCUAUGCUGCAGCGGCCAUUUUGGCUGCUGAGGCAAAACGGAGAGCAGUCAAGGAGUCUUCCAGCAAACCCAUCGUCCAGGAAACCGCCCUGCCAAUCAAAAAACGUAAAACAAGGGAGACUGUGGAAGAGAGAGAGAGUCCUCAGACUCCAGCAGCUCCAACAGCCGAGACUGGUAGGAGGGCUACUGCAGAGGAGGAGGAAGGUCCCAGCUCCGAGCCUCAGCCUGCCCCCUCUGAACAGAGCGAAUCACAGUCAGCGAGGCAGCCAUCUGCUUCAGACGACGGCCAAUCACACGGACACAAGACACAUAAAGGGCGGAAGCACAAGGAGAAAACGGGAAUAACAACCAGUGAGGGAGGAGGCCGAGGAGAGGAUGGAGGAGAAGGGGGAGGAGGGGCGAGGAGUAGCAGCAGCAGCAGCAGUAGCAUCAGCCAAUCAAAGAGCCACAAACGGAAGGAGCGACCACCUCAUAAGCACCACCAUCAUCACCACCACCACCACCACCAUCACCAUCACCGCCACCAACAGUCGUCUGCCUCCACGCUGCAUCAGCCCCCUCCUCCCCCUCCACCUCCUCCUCCACCCUCCAGGCCUGAAGUCGAGCCUCCACCUCAGCCCGCCCCCCCGCCACAAGCUCCUCGACCACAGUCCCUCCCUGAACCUCAGCAUCCCACCUCUCAACCCCACCACCAAUCCCCAAGUUCCAGUCAGGGCCCAGCCCAGCCUCGACACCCAGUGCCCCAGUCCUCUCCCACCAGACAUGUCCUGCCCCAACCACGGCCUCAACAACCCCCACCUCCAGCUCAUAGUCAACCUCAGCCCAUCAACCAGAAAACCCCGUCACAACCCCUUCAGUCACCAACCCAGCAUCGACCCCAGCCCCAGGCCCAGCAUGCUCCGCCCCAGCCCUCAUCAGUCCUGCAUGUUCACCCCCCCCAGACAAGACAUCCACAAACACAAACCCAGCCCCCUGCAUCACUCCAACCGCAGCCCAGGCACCCGUCUCAGCCCCAACCGCAACCCAAGCACCCGUCUCAGCCCCAGCCACAGCCCAGGCACCAGUCUCAUUCCCAGACCCAGCUAAAACAGCAGUCCCAGCCCCGGCAAACCCUACAGCCUCAGCUCCAACCCUCAGCUAGGACCCAACCUCAACCUCAGUUCCAGGCCAGGACCCCAACACAAGUUCAGAGUCACUCCCAGUCUAGAUCCACAGCCCAACUUCAAUCUCAACUGCAGCCCAGAACCUCUGCCCAACCUCAGCCUCAACUGCAGCCUCAGUUGAGGACCCCACCCCAGCCUCAGCCCCACUUGCAGCCCAGGCAUCAAGCGCGGUCCCAACCACAGACAAGGCACCCAUCACAACACCAACUCCAGACUCAGUACAGACCACAACCCAGACAGUCUGUCCCUCAGUCGAGGCCUCCUCAAUCCCAGUCCCAAGCACAGCCCCACUUCCAGCGAAUUCAGACCCAGCUGCGCCCCCAGUCCCACCCUCAGCUCAGCCAGGCGCAUGUGCAGCACCUCUUACCCCACCGACCAUCUUCCAGCCUAACCAGGACCAACCUCGUCCCUGCUCAGCAGAAUCAGAGUGAACAGCCCCAGGACCUGAGCACCACUCGGCCUGGCAGAGGAGGCCUGCUCCCAGGCCGAGAGAUCGGCGUGGAGGUUGUCAAGCCAGAGGGGAGAGGGGAGGCAGCUGUGGCGUCGGAGAGCAGGGAAGUUUUAGGAGGAGGGUCGAACAGCACCUCAAGGCCUCCCGCACCUCCUGGAGCAGUCGGAGCUGGACUUGUGCCUGGGGCGGAUGGCAGGGCAAGACUCCGGGCGGAGCCAGAGGCAGCAGGUGAGGGCAGGGAGCUCAGAGACAUCGUCCCCCAGUCCGCCGUCCCCUGUCCCAGCCGUGAGGAAACCGUAGAGUCACGGACUGCCGUCAGCGAGAGAGUCAGCUGAUCGGUUGGAAUCAAGCCGACUGAUCGGCAGCCUGACAGGCGGAGUCAGUGCCGUGUGGAAGAGGAAUGAGACUGGGCUGUUCCUGGAGAUUUUUACAUUGUUUUCAGAUAGAAGCAAAGCAGAGUUGAAGGACUGAUUCUGUCUGGAGACUCUGUAAAGGACUGCAUCUGAGAGGUAGUGUCUUUUUCUAGGAAAAACAAAUGAAAAGGAAAAACCGAUAAAAAGUGUGUAUAUAUAAUCAAAAGGCAGCUGUUGUGUCCCGCUAGUCUCCGUGGGGAGGGGGGGAGUAGUUUGGAACUAAAACCGACGCUUAACAACACGUUACUCUGAGCAAAACAUUGCUUCCCGAAUAUAACCCGUUUAUUUUCUACUUUGAUAGUUUAUUGUUUUGUCUGUUAUACAGCUUUAAACUCUGAUAUUACUGACCGACACUUCCUGACCUAAAGUCCUCCUACUUCCUGAACUAAAGUCCUCCUAAGGACUGACUGAUUGACUCACUGAUGGACUGACUCACUGACUGACUCACUCACUGAUUGACUCACUGACUUACUGAGUCACUGACUGAUUGACUGACUCACUAAGUCACUCACCGAUUGACUCACUGACUUACUGAGUCAUUGACGUAAUAUCUCACUGACUGACUGAGUCGCUGACUUACUGACUGAGACACUGACUGACUCACUUACCAACUCAUUGACUUACUGAGUCGCUGACUCACUGACUUACUGACUCACUCAGUAACUGACUCACUGACAUACUAAGUCAUUGACUUACUGACUCACUGAUUGACUGAGUUGCUGACUGAUUCACCCACUAGCUCACUGACUGACUGACUCACUGAGUCAUUGACUUAAUGACUCGCUGACUGAAUCGCUGACUGACUGACUGACUUACUAACUAACUAACUGACUGAGUCAUUGACUUACUGACUCACUGACUGACUGAGUCAUUGACCUACUGACUUACUGACAGACUAUGCCCCUGGCCUUUUGGUUCGUGUCCACAGAUGCGUUUUUAAAUGCAAAGAGUUGCUUUCUAACAUGUGACACCUGAUGAGCGUACACCUGGCCAGUGUUACUGUAGAUCAGAGGGUCUGUCUAGGCUCCACUCUCCCACAACAAGCACUGACUGCACCUGAUUGGAUGAAUGUUUGACUCAUGAGCUGUCUGCUUCUGAAUUUCAAACCUCUUACUUAGAUGAAGAAAACAGUUCACCUGCUGAACCUGUCUUCAUUAUGGAUCAACUACAGUUAGUGUAAACGUUUUCUGGCUUUUCCAGAGAGGCCGAGUGGCAGCCAGACAGCCCUGAUUUGUAUAAAGUAACCUAGUCCUCAGCUUUAUGCAAACGAGGAGCGGGCAGCGGGACUUCACAAACACAUCAUGGCGCUCCCAGAAUGCUUUGCACAGCUGCUUACAGACAAUGAAUUGAAAACGUGGAAGUGACAGAUCCUGUGGACACGAACCAUUGAAGUCCUGCUGCUGACUAACUCUUUUACUGAAACUAGUCUUCGACUGAAAGCCUCAGAGGUGAUGUGUGGCGGCGGUUUGCACCUUAAACUGGUUUCUUAGAAAUCUCUCACUUUGUUUUCUUCCCCAUUUUCCAUUAAAGCCACAAUGAACAGAAGGGGAAUGUUUUCCAUCCACUUCCAGACUGCCUCCCACAUGUCGGCAGUCUGAUCCAAACUUAAAUCAGGACUCUGACUGAGUCACUCUGGAUACGAUUUGUCCUGUAAAACAGUUUUGGUGGUUUGAUAAGAGGUCGUUCUUCCAGGAUUCUUCCACUCUGCUCUUCAUCAAUCUGUUUGUUUCGUCUUCUUCUGUUUCCAAAGGAAGCGCUUUUUAAUAUCAGCCCCACUCUGACAGUAGCUUUAUUUGAGUUUUUAGUCUUCUUGAAAGAGUGGGAGAGGACUCAUUUUAAUUGUGUCUUCAUGUUGAAUGUCUGGAACAGUUUGCACUCCUCCAAUUUGUACAAUCAACCGCCUGCAUGUCGCUCGGAGACCCUGCAGGCCUUCAACCAGAGCGCCCGUACGCAGAGGUCGAUCCGUCGCUUCACCGCCGUCAAAGCCUGGACGGAGGUUCAGCUUCAGCUUCACGUGGGUUUAGAUGCACCAAGAAAAGGCAGCGAGUACAAAGAUCACUGGAAGUUCAGAUCACAGACAUUCAGAGAGUCGAUCCUGGAGCUGCUGCAUCAGGACGUCCUGGAUGGUUUCACUUACUCAGCAGGUAGACAACAAAAUAUAGAGCAGAUGACAAAAUCUAACACAAAAUGGCUGCAGAGGGCUUCAGUCAACAGUCCACCUCAGCCACAAUGCUAAUGUUGUUGGCAGCAGGUUGCUGUCUUUCAGAUGCUACAUUCAUAUCACAUCAGAGUUAGUGUUAUUUACAGACUGAGGGGAUAAACCUGCUGUGCUUCACUGAAGGUUUGGAUUCUGCAGCUCUGCUUUCACUGAUCUCUCCAUUUUAAACACAGUUCUGGUCUCUCUGCUGCAAAUGUUUCACCAAAACGAUCCCUGUCACUAUUUUGUAGGAUGCACCCUUCACUUAGCUCCUCCCAUUAUUCUGAGUGGUUAAAAGAAACACCAACCAAAUGGCAUGUUCCCCUCCGAUAAUAGAAGACGGAUGGAGUGCAGCAGACCCUCUGCACAGUGGUGUUUAAGAUUAAUUACAAGGAAAACACCUCAGUUAGAGAGACCGGAAACAGCUUCUACUGUGGGCAAAAGGAAGAUGUUUGAUGAUUAUGGACGUGCAGGACUCAGCACGGCGACAUUCAGAGUUCUGUUUUCAUUUGUGUUUGAUCACCUGAAAGUCAGAAUCAAGAAUGAAAAACCAAACUGUGGCUCUUUAGAACAACUAAAUUGUUUUAAUGCUAAAUCCCCGGAGGUUCUUCUGCACACAUUAAAAAAGGAGGAGUUUACAUCUAGAAGCCAGUAAUUCCUCCACACAGGUCAGCCUGAGUCACUUCGGACAUCAGUGUUGCUGCAUCGUCUGAGGUGACCUCACCUCAGACGCUGUUACCUGUCCACCUAACUUCUGUAAAAUAUUUUGGCUAAACCAUAAGAAUUUUAUUUGUUAUUAGACCUGAGAUUGUUUUUAAUUUUAUUUUCACCCUCAAAUAACCUGCAUAACCAUUUUAAGGGUUAAGUAUUUCCAGAAAUAAAACUCCCACAAUCCUAUAGGUUGUUAAGUAUGAAGACAACAUGAAGCAUCCUGUAACUCCGCACAUCCAGAACCAACAUCUAGAACCAACACCUAAAACCAACACCUAGUUCCAACAUCUAGAACAGGGGUCGGUAACUGUCCCGUUUUACACAGAAAACACCGGAAGCCACAAAACCCGUCUGAUAUCUAAAAUGAAGAUAACACGUAGCGUAUAUCAUUUUUACAUUCAUGCUAUGUAUAAAAACUAUAGUAUUGCAUUAAUAAAAUCAGUGAAGUGCUACA